AUGAAUAAGGCGACCGAGAACGAUCAUAGCGGUAGUGUGACAUGUGUCUACAUAGACGACCAGAGUCGGUUCGCACUCUCAGGAGGAGAGGACGGGGUGUUGAAAAUGUGGAACUUGGAACUGAGUAAAUUCAAGGAAAAUAUGCUUGGACAUUCUGCUGGUAUUACGUGUAUCGCCGUAUCUCCGGACGGAUCCUGUUGUGUGACAGGCUCCAGGGACAGGACACUCCUCCUAUGGAGCCUCGAACUGCUAACCUGGGUCGUGUCAUACAAGCAUCAUGAGCUCAUGAUCCAAAGUGUAGAAUAUAUUGACGAGGAGCGAAUCCUGUCCUACGAUGUCCAGGGAAGUUUUCAUCUGUGGCAAGCGGAGACGGGAACUACUCUGACGACAUACACCAUUCCCGUUGCAACCUUCGUCGUGUCUAAUAAUGGCCGGUACCUAGUUACUUCCCGAGGCGACCAGAGUGGAAAGAUUUGGAACACAGAUGAUGGCACCAUGAUUGGUUGUGUAAGUCACACGGAGAGGAUUACAUGCGUCGCGCGCUCAGUGGACGACCAAUACCUGGUAACAGCUUCAGUUGAUGGUUCUCUGAAAGUCUGGGAACUCGUCACCGCAAAACUUACACAGGUGUUGGUAGAAGAUGAUUGUCCCGUCACAGCGGUAGCUAUACAGACGACGGACGUGGUGUCGGGGUCUGAGCGGGGCACGGUGCUGGUGUGGGACCUGUCUAUAGGAGAGCCUCGUCACCGCCUGGCAGGACACACCGACAGCGUCACAGCAAUCCGCAUCACCAGUGAUGGAUCCUUCGCUAUGUCAGGUAACUCUAGGAGCCACAACUAUCUUUCAACACCGCGUUAUUAA